AUGAUUGAGCGAGCCAUCUUAGCUGCUUUGACACCCCUUCGGACGUCGAUUCAUUAUCUCAUAGCGAGAGUAGAGAUCUGUGGGAGAGGACAAGUGGUUACUUCAGAGGUGACAACUUUGAAACCUGAGGUUUCAGAUUUGAGAAAGGAUGUGGACUAUCUGAAGUCCACAGACUUCACUUCUCUCUUUGAGUCAGCUCAGGAUCAGGAUGCCCCGGCCAGUUCUGAGAUGCCUCUGGCCACCACUAGAAAUGUGCCUAUGGAUGAUGUGGUAGCUGAUGAGUUAGAGGCGGAGAUGGAUGAGGAGCAGCUUGAUGCUCAGAAGGGGACCAUCUAUAGAGACCUGCCAGAUUUAGAGGAGACGAUUGUAUAG